CAAGCUUCAUACUCAACCCUCUAACGAGGCCGACGUUAGGAAUUCACUUGGAGAACUCAUUAUAACAGACACAAGUUACUCAGACUCUUGGUACUUUGUCUUGAAAAGAUUGUUUCCUCUUUCAUCGCAAAAUCAAGAAAACAAUACGAUGGCGAAUGAAGCCCGGCCGUGCCCCUGUGAUCUCGGGGACCGGAUGGAGUAUGUGGGCCUCGGGCAGGAGGUCCAGAUCGAGCACAUUGGAGCUUAUGUGGUAAAACCAUCAGCUCCAUCUGACAAAGCCAUCAUCGUGAUACAGGAUAUCUUUGGGUGGCAGCUGUCCAACACCAGAUACAUGGCUGACCUGGUGGCUGACAAAGGAUACAUCGCUGUUUGUCCAGACUUCUUUGUUGGGAAGGAGCCGUGGGGUCCUUCUGAUGACUGGUCCAAAUUUGACGAGUGGCUGGAAGACAAAAAGCCAACAAACAUGAACAAAGAGAUGGAUGCAGUGCUGCGGUUCCUGAAGGAGCAGUGUGGGGUCAAACACAUCGGGGCGGUGGGUUUCUGCUGGGGGGGCGUCGCAACUCAUUACCUUGCCCUGCAGUACCCAGAGCUCAAAGCAGGAGUGUCAGUCUACGGGAUCGUCCGUGAAAGAGAGGACCAGUACGAGCUGAAGUUUCCCACGCUCUUCAUCUUCGCAGAGAACGAUGAAUAUAUCCCACAGCACCAGGCGACUGUGCUUGAAGUGAACUUGAAGGAGAAGUGCAUGGUGGAUCACAAGGUGAAGGUCUUUCCGGGUCAGACUCACGGCUUCGUCCACAGAAAGAGGGAAGACAUGAACCCCGCGGACAAACCCCUGAUCCUGGAGGCCAGAGCUGACAUGCUCAACUGGCUCAACAAGUACAUGUGAAGGAGGUCAGGACAUACCUGCACCCAGAAACUACAUGUGCCAGAGAAUCUUUAUACAAUUUAUAACUUUAAUCAAAGUAAUUGUUUCCUACUUUUCUUUUAAAUCGCACAUGGCCCUAACUAUAGUACCAAAGCCAUUCUGACUUGUCCCAAAAAUGUGUGAAUGCGGUAUUUCCAAUCAACAUAAGAACUCAAGCAUAAAAUGUGAUUGAAGUGGUUCCUGAAUCAGUUUGCCAACUUCUUGAAUAAUAAAAAGACAUGUAAUGCACACAUAA